UCUUCUCGCUCUUCUCUUUUUUUUUCCAAAGUACAUGCCCGGCUCGAGUUGAAACUGACAGCUGAUCAUACAUAUUACAUCAACUGAUCAACAAAACAAGUUGUCUCUCGACAAACGUUAAUUGUCUAAAUUAUAAUUAUAAUUUUGUCGCUUUUUACUUUCAUCUUGUGUAUAAAUAUUGUUUAAAAGUUCAUGAUUAUAUUGUGUAUAAAUAUUUGAGUUUAUGAGGUUAGAAAAUAAAACAGUCAACAGUGUAUCUUGUCUUGCUAAAUCAACAUUAAAAAAAUAACUGAUAACAAUAAUAACUAAAACACGUGUUAUAUUAUUUGUUAAAUAUAAAUUUUCACAAAAUGGUUUUGGAAGAUUGGUUUGGUGUUAAACUUCGCACAGUCAAUAUUAUUCUUCCAAUUUUGGGAAUAAUUGUUGUUACUGCAACAAUUGGUACAAUGCUGUAUGAGGGUCUUGAUAAAGAUGUCGACAAUCAAUCAAGUACAUUACGCUGGUCAGUUAGUGGUUUUCGAAUGAUUUUUGGAUAUAUUGUUUAUGGAUUAAUUAUUUAUCGAGCAGUUACGAAACAAAUAUCAUAUUUAAUUUUGUGCUCAGCAAUGUUGGCUUUCUCAUGGGUAUUGGCAAUAUUUCAGCAAUUUGAUAUUUUGGGUUUAUCACAUGGGCUCAAGGGACUAUUCAUGAUACCUUACGUCACAGGAAUUGUACUUGAUAUGUAUUUGUUUUGGCUGAUAAUAGCCUAUUAUAAUUUAUUAAAAUUCGAGAAAGAAUAUUCACGUUCACUCAGACCAACUUUCUUGUUUGAAUAA